GGGCUAUUUAGAUUCGAAAGGAAAAGUGAAAUCUAGUAGUAUUUUAUUCCAAAAAACUUCUCCCGAUCAUUGACUGCCACCAAAAUCAACUCUCCCUCGACUUGGACUUUUAUUAUUUUUCUCUCCAUCAUUAUUCAUUAACAGAUAGAAGUGAGUGAGUCGGUGGUGAGAUGGCUGGGCGUUUCGAUCCUAAUCCUUUUGACGAUGGAGAAGAAGUUAAUCCAUUCGCUGAUGGAGCCGGGGGUAAAGGAGGCAAGACAAAUUACAGUGGAGGUUCAUUCUACACAUCGAGUGUUCCACCUGCUACAAACUCUCGGCUAUCGCCUCUUCCUCACGAACCUGCAGAUUUUUAUGACAGGAGUGCUCCAGUUGACAUACCUCUUGAUUCAGCCGCAGAUCUGAAGAAGAAAGAGAAAGAGCUGCAAGCUAGGGAAUCUGAUCUAAGGAAGAGAGAAGAGAUAGUAAAACGGAAAGAAGAGGCAGCUGCACGUGCUGGUAUUGUUCUUGAAGAGAAAAAUUGGCCACCCUUUUUCCCUAUCAUUCAUCAUGAUAUUGCAAACGAGAUCCCAAUUCAUCUGCAGAAAUUGCAAUAUGUCGCAUUCACAACGUAUCUGGGACUAGUAUUCUGUCUUCUGUGGAAUAUUAUAGCCACAACAACAGCUUGGAUUAAAGGAGAAGACCCGAAGAUAUGGUUUCUUGCUCUUAUCUACUUCAUAUCAGGAGUUCCACUUGCCUACGUGCUGUGGUACCGACCUCUUUAUCGUGCAUUUAGGAAUGAAAGUGCUUUGAAGUUCACUUGGUUCUUCCUAUUUUACUUGGUUCAUAUAGGCUUCGUCAUCUUUGCUGCAGUCGCCCCUCCCGUGGUCUUUAAAGGAAAAUCUCUUGCAGGGAUUCUACCAGCAGUUGACCUUGUAGGCAAUCAUGCAAUUGUUGGGAUUUUCUAUUUUGUAGGAUUCGGUUUAUUCUGUCUCGAGUCUUUGCUCAGCAUCUGGGUUAUUCAGCAAGUAUACAUGUAUUUCCGGGGAAGUGGCAAAGCAGCAGAAAUGAGACGUGAAGUUGCUAGAGGUGCAGUACGUGCAGCGGUAUGAGUCGGUGUUCACAUGACGGGGUCAUGAUGUUGAAUCGUUAUAAAUCAUUGGACAGAGCAAGGUUUUCUGGAGGAUGUUUCUAGUUGCUCAGGGAAAACUUUGAUGUGAAUUCAUAAAGUUCUUUGUGAUUUUUUCUGAUUUUAUGGAAGGAUUUAUAUGAUGUAGAAGUAUAGAAAGAUGCGAAAAAUUGGUAUUUACCUGUGUAAAUUUUGUGUUAUAUACUGAUUGUGCUGAUUUUUCCUUACAA